AUGGGUGACGAGCACCUGAAGAACCGCAACCUGCUGCUCCACGCGGAUGGGGCCCGCGCGCAUAAGUUACGCAUCCCUGGAGUUCUUCACGACGAUGUCGCGCGCGUGAAAAAGAAAGUGGCCAAGCAGGGGUCGACGAUUUGGAUCCAAUCGAAAUUCUCGAAUAUGGUGAACCACGAGUUCCCCAGCGGCGAGACGGUGCGCGUGAAGUCAGGAACCCAGAUCAUGAAUAGGUUCUGGUCUCACUUGCGCACGCACUUCGGCAAGCGCACGCGUAGAGUGGAUACGAUCGCGAUGCGGCGCCGAGUGCGGUCUGCGCAGUGGACGCACUGGAACAAAGGGAGGGACCUGUGGGCUCGCACAGGUGACAUGUUGCAAGAGCUCUACUGA